GGGGGACUAAAAAUGCACUGAAAAUCGUAGUUACGCCACUGAUAGCAGCCAAUUAUCUCCUUCUUUAUUACUCUGAGGAAUAUUUAGCAGAAUUAUCCACUACAGGUUCCUAUCGAUUUGUUCUCGAUCGCAAAAUGAGUAACAGUUACAAGUACCAACAAAAUACAUCAUUAAUAAUGGUUAGAUGUACUCGUAUAAUAGCAAUAUACCAUAUUAGUGUUGUGUUAAUUUCUUGGCUCAUGGUAACAUCAGCUCAAGAAUAUACAUUUGUAAAUCCUGUACGUUUCCCAUAUUCGCCUACAGGAAGUCCUUAUGUUGGUACUUUUGUAGCAGUAGCUAUGCCUAUUGACAUUACGGGUCCAGCGGAUUUAUUCUUUUCGUUUAACAUCGAAGCAUCGUACGGGCUACCGGAAAAUCAAACGGAAUUUCAAUAUCCUCCGCUUAUUACAUCUACGCGUCGUUUUCUGUAUAAUCUACUGGAAUCAAAAAUUAACGAAUACGGCUAUCAAGGCAAGGAUUGCUUGCAAAGAGCUAUUUGCGAGGCAGCAGAAUAUACUACACUAAAUUCUGGUGUUCUAGGAGAUAUUGUUCAUAUAAUAUUAACUCCUUCGGCAUCUCUGAAAGAAAAAAAUAUAGAUGACUAUAUUGAAUCUGAAGAGUUUGGCAAGAAAAAUGGACAUUGCAAAAAGUAUAAGAAGAAUUGUCCUUUAAGCAUUUUGAAUUUAGUCAGCAAAGUUAAAAAUUAUAUAUAAAUUUUAGUAAACCUUCAUUUUUGAAUUACUACUUCCUUUAUUAACAUAUUAUUUGAUAUGAUUGAAACAACAAGAUGGUUCAGGAAUAAUUAUUUAUUUUUAAGUACGAA